CGUGCAAAAACCAUUUGCAGUCGUGAUGUUUUCCGAAAGAAGUGACCAUUUUCUGUCAGCACGGGUGCAUUAAAGUCUCAAAUUGAGCAUUUAUUCGGUGACUUGCCGCAUUUGGUUCUUUGUCUCUCCGCUUUUGUCGCUAACAGGCUGCUGCUGCUCUGAGCUAACGCAAAGAUGGCGGAAGACGAGAAGAGUGGCGAACCUGUGAAAGAAAAGAGCGAACUGCAAAUUAUGAAGGACCUGGUGGAUGAAGUGUAUAAUUUCAGAGACCAUUAUUUUGAGACUCACAGUGUGGAGGAAGCUGGACAGAAACAAAGUGAUGUAGCACAAGAAGUGGAACGGACACUGAAGAAGCUGGAGGAGAAAGAAGAGUCCUUUAAACACAAAGCAGAGUUUUUGCUGCAGAAGGGCAGGUGUCUGAACGCAGCUGCAGACUUCAGUGCUGUAGCAGAGGAGUGCCUUUCCCGCGCUGUGAAGCUGGAGCCUGGCCUGGUCGAGGGCUGGAACACAUUGGGCGAGCAGUACUGGAAAAAAGGAGAUCUGAUCGGUGCCAAGAACUGCUUUACUGGUGCCUUGCAGCAGAACAAGAACAAAGUGUCUCUGCGCAACCUGUCUAUGGUCCUGAGGCAGCUACCAGUCGCUGACAGAGAUGCACACGGCAAGCAGGUGUUGGAGAGUGUGGACAUGGCCCGACAAGCUGUCCAGUUGGACGUCACAGACGGGACGUCCUGGUAUAUCCUGGGCAAUGCCUAUGUGUCUCUGUUUUUCUCCUGUGGACAAAAUCCACAGUUGUCCCAACAAGCGCUAAGUGCCUAUGCACAAUCUGAGAAUGUGGACAGAGCUGCCUCUUGUUACCCAGAGCUGCAUUUCAACAGAGCCACCCUGUUCCAGUAUGAGGAGAUGUUCGGGUCUGCGCUCGGCGGUUACAGUCGAGCAGCGGCACUCGACCCAGGCUGGGAUGAGCCGCCAGAGCGAGAGAAGCAGCUGCUGGAAUACCUGGAAAAAGUGACAGAACUGAUACAGAACAAGGGGAAGGUGAAAGCCCGACGACUACGGACAAUGAUGUCAAACCUCAACACAUCAGCUUUAGGUCCCUGCUCUUCUCCUCAGUUUCGCUCACCGUCUGGUCGCAUCGGCAGCCUGGAGCCUCGAACUCUUAACUCCCUCACACACGGACAUAAUGCUGGGGUGGCUGCCCUGGGGAAGGUGGUGUUCAGCCUGGCCUCUGAGGGUCGUAUGGCCUUUACGUUUGGCAUGGUUGACAGUGAGGAGACCUGUAUAGUAGUGAUGGUAUACAACACAGCGGACAGCUGGGGCGUCCUGAUUGGUGAUUCCGUAGUCAUUCCUGAACCUCAAGUCAAACGUCACAGUAUAACACAUAAAGAUAAGUCGCUUGAUUUCAGAAGUAUACGAGUGGACUCCCCUCUGCUCCUCAUCGUCAAUGGCAAGAAACAAAACAUCCAAAGUCAGAUUGCUGUCUCUGUCAGCUACAAACCCCAGAGAGAAUGAACUGAGCCACAAGCACAUGGACCAGGUUUUUAGCUGGAUUUAAAAGAAGAUUUUGCAUACAUUUUUCAAGUGUCCAAAGCCUCUUAUGUGUUUUUUGUAUAUAGAGGUCACCAUGUUAUGUUUGUUUAUAUUUAUAUUUUUUGUAUUCUGUUGUUAUAAGGUCGGACAUGGGAUUGUUGUGUAAAUGAAUGAACCUGUGAUAACAAUGUGAUGUCAGCAUUAUGACUUUAGUUUACCUUGAAGAAAAUGUUCUUUUUCCGUACACAAAGGCUACGUUCACACUGCAGGCUCAAGUGACCCAAAUCUGAUUUUUUUGCCCCUAUGCGACCUGUAUCUGAUCUUUUCAUGACAGCAUGAACGACACAGAUAUGAUUUUUUUCAAAUGCGACUCAGGCCACUUGGAUAUGUGGUACUAAUUCCGAUAUGUAUCGUAUCUUUUGCCAUGCGACUUCAGUCUGAACCAAUGAUGUGUAUAUAUAGAGCUCUAUAUACACGUCAUUGGUCUGAACGGCCAGGUCACAUUUAUCCGACCUAUACGUCAUUGGUACACGACAAACGUCACUAUUCUGCGUUCAAGCAAAACACGUCUUCGGGCUGCCGAAGACGUGUGUCUUGCCGUGAGAGUGUUAAAAAGAGGCGCUCACAUAUGUACGUAAAGGUCGCCCUUAUCAUUCGAAAAUUCUCAGUGAAGUCCGCAUCUGUGAAGCCUCUCACAUCACUAUCCCACCACUCCUGGCUGCGACUCCGCACCCACACAGUUCUUUGGACAGACGUUGCUGCCACUACCCCACAAAAUGCCAGGGCCAAAAUCCUGGCUCUCUCCGUUCUUGACCUUCUCCUUAAAAUGAUUAAGUUAUAAAUAUGCUGUUAGCGUCCAUGUUUACUUCUGUAAACGCUGAACACUCUCUGCCUGUGUCGUUGUUGUGUCCUCUUCUGCGCAUGUGGGAACCUUUUGAGUCGGGUGAGGUUCACACAGGAGAUCACAUACAUGUUGCAUUUAAUUGGAAAUGUGAACGAACUCGCAAAAAAAACGGAUUUCACAAAAAAAUCUGAAUUGAGCAUUAAGCCCUGCAGUCUGAACGUAGCCAUAUUGUUUGUGUGGUGUCCUAUAACAGUCAUGCUCAAAGUAGACCAAACUGGGCUCCUUAAAGACAUAUUUUGACUGUGACCGGUUAUACUGAUGCUAUUAACAAUGGCGGUGCUCUAAUGGAGUCUCCCAGUAGGCCAUGACAGUAUGACCAUGAGUCGAUAUAACACGAUAGCAGGACUCAGAAACCGAUGCAGCUACGUGGAAAUCAGCAAAAAGUAACUACAGUGUAGACUUUUUCUAUUGUGACAUGCAAAAAUAUCUUUCAUGAAACAACCUGCUGAUCUUCACUAUAUUGUCUAUCAUUAGAAACAUCCUCAGUCUGGGUAAUGCAGUUAACCAACUGCUUUGGUUGAUUACUAUGCAGUGACAAACUCAUUGACGUCACAACUUAAACACUUCCAAAAAAAACAAAAGAACCAAUAAAUAGCUCAGUUUAAUCCACAUUACUUCAGUGUAACAAAUCAACAGGUUACUGUUCAGAGCAACACCACAAAUCCAAUUUUUAAAACUGUGUGCAUGACAGAUCAUCUCACCGUAGUGGUUCAGUAGCAUAUAUGGAUUACCCCGGCAAAGGAAAUGUUUGGUUUUUUUAAUGCAAAAUCUAACGUGGCAAUAAACACCAACAUGUUUCAGUGCCA